ACUAGGGUUUAGCAAAGCCACCAACAUAGUCUGUGUGAGAGAACAGUGUUCAUAGUCUGUGUUUCGCAAAGCAGCAGCAAUGGCCGAAGAGGAACACGACCAUCACACCUCCCCUGAGUUCGACGACCAAGCUAAGAAGAAGAAGCUUCGCAAGAGGAAAAGAUCUCGCAAAACCGAGCAUGAAGUAGAACAAGAAGAAGUAGACAAUGGGAACGCAGAAUCUCCGGAGGAGAGUGAGCAACCACAAACUGAACCAGAAGAACAACAAGAAGUAGAAGUAGAAGAAGACGGUGAUGAUGAAGAAGAGGAAAAGGUGGAGACCGCUUCUGGGUCUGGAAUCAUGAGCACCCUGUCUUUUUCGUCUCUGGGUUUGUCUCAACCUACUUCUAAGGCUAUUAUGGACAUGGGUUUUCAAACCAUGACUCAGAUUCAAGCUAAGGCGAUUCCGCCGCUAUUGAUGGGAAAGGAUGUUUUGGGUGCUGCUAGGACAGGUUCUGGAAAAACUCUUGCAUUUUUAAUUCCAGCUGUGGAAUUGUUGUACAAUGUUCAGUUCACGCCUCGCAAUGGAACUGGUGUUGUUGUCAUAUGCCCAACUAGAGAGCUUGCCAUUCAGACACAUGCUGUGGCUAAGGAACUGCUCAAGCAUCAUUCGCAAACUCUUGGGUUGGUAAUUGGGGGUGCAGGUAGAAGGAUAGAAGCUGAGCGCAUUGUCAAAGGGGUAAAUCUAUUGGUAGCAACGCCUGGUCGUCUUCUUGAUCACCUUCAAAAUACAAAAGGAUUCAUAUAUAAAAACUUGAAGUGUCUCAUGAUUGAUGAAGCAGACAGGAUAUUGGAAUCCAACUUUGAGGACGAAAUGAAGCAGAUCAUUAAUAUACUCCCGAAGAAAAGGCAAACAGCUCUGUUUUCAGCUACACAAACAAAAAAGGUUGAGGAUCUUGCCCGCCUGUCGUUUCAGACACCUCCUGUCUAUAUUGAUGUAGAUGAUGGGAGGAAAAAGGUCACAAAUGAAGGAUUGCAGCAGGGCUACGUUCAAGUUCCCUGUGACAAGCGUUUUGUUGUUCUCUAUUCAUUCUUGAGGAGAUAUCAAUCAAAAAAAGUGAUGGUCUUUUUCUCUUCAUGCAACUCUGUCAAAUUCCAUGCAGAUCUUCUCAAGUACACUGGGCUGGAGUGCUUGAAUAUUCAUGGAAAACAAAAGCAGCAUACCCGGACAACUACCUUCUUUAGCUUCUGCAAAGCAGAAAAAGGGAUCUUGCUCUGUACUGAUGUUGCUGCUCGUGGACUUGACAUACCUGAUGUGGACUGGAUUGUGCAGUAUGAUCCACCUGAUGAACCAAAGGAAUAUAUCCAUAGGGUUGGUAGAACUGCUCGUGGGGAAGGUGGAAAGGGAAAUGCUUUACUUUUCCUAAUUCCUGAAGAAAAGAAUUUUCUUCUUUAUUUGAAGGCAGCAAAGGUUCCUGUGAAAGAGUAUUCAUUUGACAAUAAGAAGCUUGCAAAUGUACACUCUCAAAUGGAGAAGUUGGUGGCUGUCAAUUAUCAUUUGAAUAAUAUGGCUAAGGAUGCUUAUAGGUCAUAUAUAUUAGCAUAUAAUUCACAUUCUAUGAAGGAUAUAUUCAAUGUUCACCGCCUUGAUUUACAGGCUGUUGCUACUUCAUUCUGUUUUUCAAACCCACCGAAGGUAAAUCUGAACAUAGACAGCAGUGCUUCAAAGCAUAGGAAGAAAAUACGCAAAGUUGAAGGAAGAAGACAUUGAUUCCGCAAAAGCAAUGCUUGUAGAAGGAGAAUUGCAGAUGAUAAACGGCUCUACUUCUGAAAGCACUGUCAGGAAACAUGUACCAGCACUGUAGUGGAUGUUAUUCUCAUCUCCUUCCCACAAUACACCAGAAAAUUUUGGUAGGAAUCCCAAUUUUAUUUAGGUGAGUGUAACUUUGUCAAACAAUAGAUUAUUUGACGGAUUAUAAUUCUUCAACCGGAAUGUGUUAUGAGCAGUUUUGAACUGAAAUAUUUGACAUGGGUUUCCUAUCCUAUAAAUUCAAUUUAUAGGCCUGUUCUUUUUGUUGUAAAUUUGAUCAUCAACCUUCGAUUACAGCUUUCAAAAGCAAUAGCAAUACUGAAUUGAGAUG